UAAUUUUAUUUUUUACAUUAACUCGUCAUGUCUUGGAGGGCCAUGUCGGACCAAGACUACCUUUCCGGUUUCUCUCCGCGGUGCAGGUCACUCCCUCCGUGCUGUCAGCAGCUCUCUCCGUGGUUCAAACUUGCUGCCACACUGAACCAACUCCUCCAUUCACAUCGUCUUUUUUACAAGUGUUGGAGCUUUUACGUGACAAACUGUUUUUAGUAAUGUGUUAAAGUCUGCUGUGCGGCGGCUCUUCACCGGGAGGAAUUAUCGUUUUGUCUUCGCUUUUAGUUGGAAAGCAGCGGGGGGAAAUGUCCAGCUGAGGAUUGGAAAUCCUGAAAACCACAGGGCCUGUUUUUGUAAUGAUUGAUCAAUGCUUCGACAAUGGCGCUAAAGGCACAAGUUUUAUAUGACUUCACUGCUGAGGCUGGAAACAACGAGCUGACAGUGAAAGAAGGCGAAACACUUACAAUCACCAAUAAGAGUAUUGGAGGUGGUUGGAUUGAAGCACAGAACUCCAGAGGGGAGGUUGGACUGGUUCCAGAAGACUACAUCGAGUUCAGUAAGGCAGCACCGUCGUUCCCGGCGUUCCCAGCAGCAGGAACUGCAGCACCGACUCCAAAUGUUGCAGCUCAAGACCUGUCCAUCUUUGAUUCCUUCGCUCCUCCAGCAGCACCUGCACAAAACCAGGUGGAUGCUGGGGGCUUAAGUCCUCAGCCGGACACCCCUGACACCCCAGUUUCCCCCUACCUUUCGUCCCCCGAUGAGGCUAGUAACGGUAAUGAUCCCUGGUCAGUGUGGAAUGCGGACCCCUCGGCGGGCUCCAAUAAUAACUGGGCGUCCAAUCCAGAGGGCACCCAGACUGGAAAGAGCCCUGCUGACCCCUGGGGCUCCGUAUCACAGGGCCACCCUCAGGCCUACCAGGGCCCGGGAGCGGAGGACGAUGAGUGGGACGAUGAGUGGGAUGACAUGAAGUCAACGGGAGGUUACGCUGAGUCAGAAUCUGGAGAGAGCGGAGCGAUGCAGAGAGGAGGAGCUCAUGCCACUUCAAUGAAAAUCUCCCUCAACAAGUUCCCUGGCUUUUCCAAGUCUGGUCCAGAGCUCUACCUCCUAUGCAAGCAGCUCGCUAAGGGCAAAGAAAGGCUGCCAAUUUAUGUUGGAGAAGUCGGCCCGGUGUGGUUUUACCCAGAAACUCAGCUCGACUGUGUGGUGGCUGAUCCCAAGAAAGGCUCAAAGAUGUACGGCCUCAAGAGCUACAUCGAGUACCAAAUCACACCCAAUUGCACGAACCGACCAGUCAACCACAGAUACAAGCACUUUGAUUGGCUGUAUGAGAGGCUUCUAGACAAAUUCGGGUCAGCCAUCCCCAUCCCUUCUUUACCAGACAAGCAGGUGACAGGGCGAUUUGAGGAGGAGUUUAUUAAGAUGCGUAUGGAGCGGUUGCAGGGCUGGAUGACCAGGAUGUGCAGGCACCCGGUUGUUUCCAGCAGUGAAGUAUUCCAGACUUUCCUCACCUACAAGGAUGAGAAGGACUGGAAGCUGGGGAAGAGAAAAGCAGAGAAGGACGAGACGGUGGGAGUGAUGAUCUUCACCACGAUAGAGCCUGAAGCCGCGGACUUGGAUCCUGUGGAAGUGGAGCAGAAAUGUGAGCAGUUCAGCAGGUUCACCAAAGCCAUGGAUGACGGGGUGAAAGAAAUCCUCACAGUGGGCAACGAGCACUGGAAGAGAUGUACAGGACCUUUGCCAAAAGAGUACCAGAGAAUCGGCAAAGCCUUCCAAAACCUCUCCUCUGUCUUCACCAGCAGUGGAUACCAAGGUGAGUCAACCCUGACUGACGCCAUGACAGCUGCAGGCAAGACCUAUGAGGAAAUAGCUCAGAUGGUGGCAGAGCAGCCCAGGAAAGACCUCCACUUCGUCAUGGAGACCAACAAUGAAUAUAAGGGUCUUCUUGGAUGCUUCCCGGACACCAUCGGAGUCCAUAAGGCAGCCAUAGAUAAGGUGAAGGAAGGCGACAAGCUGGUGGCCGCCGGUAAAAUUACCACUCAGGACAAAGUCACCAUGGCUAAACGAGUCAGCACCAUGUCGUACACAUUACAAGCUGAGAUGAACCACUUCCACAGCAACCGUAUCUAUGACUACAACAGGGUCAUGCAGUUGUACUUGGAAGAGCAAGUCAAGUUUUACGAGACGAUUGCUGCAAAGCUGAGACAAGCACACAGUCAGUUCACUACGAUGUGAAAGCCUUCAGUCUCGCACUACAAGACAAGAAGAGUUCAACCAGCUCAACAUCCAAAAUAUUAUUGCUUACACUGCACUCUUUUCCCUCCCUUUAAUUUAAAUCUCACUUCUCUCUUUUUACUCGCUUUUCAUCUCUUCCUUUACACUGCUCAUGCCCAGAGGCCUGGCUCAUGGUGUUACUCUACUGCCGCUCUCAGAAGUUUAUGAACAGUUAAUGAGCAUGUGCAGCUGCUGAAAAAGCUUUGACAGUUUUUUUUGUUGGGCCAGCAGUGAUAGCAGAACAAGACUCACUUGUUACAAACGCCCUUUCCUCUGUCCAGGGUCCCCGAAUUGUGACACAGGAAGUAAACAGCAUGAAUUGCUGCACUGCGUUCAGUUUCUCUUAAUGAAAGUUUUGUACAGCUAUAGGUGCCAACAUGCCUGUGCUCACAUUAUAUCCACUUAUUUUAAAGCCUUAAUCUGCAGUUUUUCAAUUUUUCAUGCUCAGGAGAUAGUUUUUGAGUGUGGGGUUGUAUGAGGCACCAUAGUCUGUGUAUUAACUACAGUAGAUGGCGGUCAGCAUGCUGCAAGUUGGCAGAAGCAGGCCGGACACAGAAGCUGAGUAAUGUACUGCUGUGGACGGGGGCAGCAGCAAAACCUAGUUUGUCAAUUAAAAAAAUCUUGAGAAUAUUUUCACCGCUUUACCUCAAAGCCACCAGACGCCAUUGAUAAAAACAGUAAUUUUACGCUGCAGAACACGGAAGCUGCUGGUCUACCGCUGCCUUGGUUGUUUAAUAUUGAUUUCUUUUUUCCUUUUUUUAGCUGUAUAUAGUCAUGGAAAAAAAUGAUUAGACCAUUGUUUUCUUCAAUUCCUUGUUCAUUUAAUGCCUCGUACAACUAUGAUGAACAACCAUAAUGAAAACAACAAAUUUAAUCUAAGAGCUGAUAUCUAGCCAUUGUCCAUGGUUUUCUUAAUAAUGAUUUUGGUUAUUAUGAAGAAAACCAUGGAAAAUGGCUAGAUAUCAGCUCUCAAAUGUACCUUUAGUUGUACCAGGCAUUAAAUGAACAAGAAAGCAAGGAGAAAACAAGGGUGGUCUAAUAAUGUUUUGACUGUAUGUGUAGCUGCUGUCCUCAUCCUGCCUGCUUCUAUGCUUCUAAAAACCAGGAGCAUACCUCAUACAGCCUCACUACUAUCCCUUUAAAAAUGGUAAAAGAAAGGAUUUACACAUGAAACACUGAAAAACCAAAGCCGUCUUCCCUCUGUCAGUACGCUCAGUGUGAGGGGAAGGGUGAGGUGUGUGUGUGUGUGUGUGGGGUGUGUGUUCCUGAAUGCAGCAUUGGCAACAAAUCAGAGCUUUACUGUCUUAUUUUCAGCCAAUAUUUUAAUGAUUUUGGCCUCCUGUUUGUACAUUUCAAAGAGUCCUAAAUAUUUUUGGUAAAAGCAGUGGAGCAUUCCUUUUCAUGAAUCCAAGUUUUGGGAGAAUGUGUGUCCUCUGUAUGUCCACUGCUGGCAGCCCCUCUUUCAUCCUGCACUUCCUCAAAAGCUAACAGGAAGCUCCACCUCCUUCCUGUCUUGCCCCGUUGAGGAAAACUGAAAUGGUUUGUUUAGUUGUCGUCCCCCCCCCCCCCUCCCACCCUGCCUGCGUACCAUGACAUUGUAGUUUACAUUUCAGGAGAGACGACAAAAUGUAGGAUAAAUGAUACUCAAGUUGGGGUUUAUUAUUUUAAGUGCUGGACAUUAAAGCCAAAACAAGUCAGUAAAUGAAUACCACCCUCUUUUUUCCCUCUCUAUUCCUUCUCCUGAAGAAUAUCUGUCCUUUCUUUGACCAGAUUACGAUGUUUUAUAUGAAGGUGUAGCAGCAGUGUUAGCUGUAAGAAUCUAAGAAGAGUUUGGGACGGAGCAACGGAUUAUGUCAUGUAUGCAGUUUUCUCUUUUCACCGCCCACUUUUCAAUCAGUCGCUAAUCUUGUUCACUCUUUGUUUUCUUAUCACUUGAUACAUGAAAAAUAUACAUAUAUAUAUAAAUAUAUAUAUUCUAUCUGACCUAUCAGGUGCUUCUUGUCAUUGAGAUACUAUUUUAUGUAUAGGAGUAUUUGCAAUACAGUGUAACUCAAAGAGGAGCAAAAAUUCUGUUUGAUUUAUUAAACAAUGAUUUGUACUCAUCGGGA